UGUUGAGAUAUGUCUGAAUAUGUCAAGCAUCACUUCAGCUACCGCACGCACUCCAUCUGCUCCAGUGAUGUUACGAGGGAAGUUUAAUACAUGCUUCUUAGCUUCAUAAGAUUAUGAGGAAUCGCAAAAGUGCUUUCAGUGCGAUUGGCGCGCGAAACGAGUCCACGCUGUAUUGGAGUGGAUGAAGAAGAGCCGGAGCGCUGUCCGGGGUGCUGAAGUCAGAAGCCAGAGGUCCUGAAGAGAGCACAGGCGUUCAAAGAGGAGUGUAUGUCUACCCAACUGAAGUCUUGAGAUGACUCGGGAAAGGUUGCGUUCUGUGGCUGUCUGGGGAUUAAUUGCGUGGGAAACAGGAAUUUUGCUAAGUUUGGUAGCAUCCAAAGAACCAGAAAACCCUCGAGGAAGAUCACCACCUAUGUCACCCUCUGACUUCCUCGACAAGCUUAUGGGAAGAACCUCAGGUUAUGAUGCCAGAAUUAGGCCCAAUUUUAAAGGUCCACCUGUGAAUGUAUCAUGCAACAUAUUUAUUAACAGUUUUGGCUCCAUCGCAGAGACAACUAUGGAUUACAGAGUGAACAUCUUUCUCAGACAGCAGUGGAACGAUCCUCGGUUGGCUUACAGCGAGUACCCGGAUGACUCCCUAGACCUGGAUCCCUCUAUGUUAGAUUCCAUUUGGAAGCCUGAUCUGUUUUUCGCCAAUGAAAAAGGGGCGCACUUCCAUGAUGUCACUACUGACAACAAACUCCUAAGAAUAUUUAAAAAUGGAAACGUCCUUUAUUCCAUCAGGUUGACUCUGACGCUUUCGUGUCCGAUGGAUCUGAAGAAUUUCCCCAUGGAUGUGCAGACGUGCAUAAUGCAGCUGGAGAGUUUUGGUUACACAAUGAAUGACCUGAUCUUUGAGUGGCAAGCGAAGGGACCUGUGCAGGUGGCUGACGGACUGACCCUACCUCAGUUCAUCCUCAAGGAUGAGUCUGAUUUAAGAUACUGCACCAAACACUACAACACAGGCAAGUUCACAUGCAUUGAGGUGCGUUUUCACCUGGAGAGACAGAUGGGAUACUAUCUGAUCCAGAUGUACAUUCCCAGUCUGCUCAUCGUCAUCCUCUCCUGGGUCUCGUUUUGGAUCAACAUGGAUGCAGCUCCCGCCCGUGUUGCUCUAGGUAUCACCACGGUACUCACCAUGACAACCCAGAGCUCUGGAUCCAGGACAUCCUUACCUAAGGUAUCUUAUGUGAAGGCUAUUGACAUCUGGAUGGCUGUGUGUUUACUCUUCGUCUUCUCUGCCCUGCUGGAGUACGCCGCAGUCAACUUUGUGUCACGGCAACACAAGGAACUUUUGCGUUUCAAGAAGAGAAGGAAGAAGUCCGGCAAGGAGGAGGAAGUGCGGGAGAGCCGGCUGAGCUACACACCCAAUGUGGGGAAAGACGGAGCUGUGCCCAAAGCUGCUAACAAUGCUGCCACAACCCCCUCUGACCCGCCUGUUGCCCCAGGCAAGAGUCAUGAAGAGAUGAGAAAAAUCUUCAUCGAUCGAGCAAAGAAAAUCGACACUGUGUCCCGAGCUGGCUUCCCUCUGGCCUUCCUGUUUUUCAACAUUUUCUACUGGGUUCUGUACAAAAUCCUACGCCAUGAGGACGUGCACAAACCCUAGACAGAAAUGUGUGGCAUGUUGUAUCUUGGGAAGUUCGGUAGCAACACAGCAGCUGCAUUGAGGAACUUGUUGCAACACUUUCUGCCAGGAUUUAUGCUACACACUAACAAUGACUACAUGACACUGUGAUGUCAAGGUUACUUAGUUAAUACUUUGAAUACUGUUUGUGUUGUACACCCAUAUGAGGACAAAGCACUCACUAUGCAAUGGAUGGGCAUCCCUAGGGCCUCUGAAAACACCUGCCUGCCCCAUGUACACCCCAAACAAAAAGUGUUCAGUACUCAAACACACCUGUUUAAUGCAGGAGCACUGGUUCACAGUCUGAAGCUGUUUACAGCCCUUAGUAAAGGCUAAUGUGUUUUGCACUGGUUUUGUCAUCUCUGUUGUCUUACAGGUUACUGCCAAUGUUUUGUGUUGAAUUUUUGAUAUACAGAUAUUUUAAAUGCCAAGUGAGAACAGAGAUGUAUACAAAUUUAAAAACAUAGUCUGUAAUUUUGAUCAUAAGAAAUUAUAGAUUGGUUUUACUUGCAUUUGAACAGCGUUUCACCCUUUAACAAAAAUAUUUAUAAUUUUGUCUGAAUUGCUCUAAAACCAGCAUCCAUGCCAAUAAAAAAACACAUUCAGAGCUAAAUGUCAAGAACCAGCAGAAAAUACAUCAUAAUAUUUGCAUCCUUUUCACGUUCUUCUAUUUCUACACAUGUUUACAGUUUCAGUUCGAUUUUCUCAACACAGUCUCAAGGCAAGUCAUGCUGUCUCUGUGGCACUACUUUCUUUAUUGUGUCAUUUAAUAUCUUGUUUUCUCAUCGUUCUUUCCAAUUUUUUAAUCAUUGUUGCUUGGGGUUAGGGUUAGAUUUGCGUUAGGAUGUAAUUUUAUGCAUUGGUUUCUACAUGUUUUGCGUCCGCUUUUAAAACUAUGUUCACCUGGAGCUGCGGUUAGAGUUGGGGUUUGGGUUAGGAAGUCGCAGAAAGUGAUUCUAACCCAAACCCCAAGCAACAAUGGUCAAAAAAUAGAAAACAACGAUGAGAAAAUAUCAAAUAAUAUGUAAUAUAAAAUGACUCGAUAAAGAAAUUCAGGUCACAGACACAAACAGCCAUUUAUAGAAAUUCGUACUGGGAAGGACAAAAAAGACAUUUGUCUCCAGAGACAUGAAAAACAGCAGAAAUUUGUGUCAUCAAACACAAAUAAAUAAAUAAAUAAAAAUUGUUAAUAUAACACGACUUGCCUUGAGACUGGGUUGAUUUUUUUUAUUACUUUAUGCAUUUUCAACUGAAACAUUUUCUGUUUUUUACCAUGUAAGGGACCUUCAAUGGGCAGCAUUCUUUUAGUGACCACAAUGCAAUUAAAAACAUACAACCCCAUUUUAGGUUUUAAACAAAAGCAUUAUUGUUUCAGAAACCAUAGCAAAUCACUAAAAUAAUGCCAGCAGUAAAUACUUCCUGACAUGUGUUGCAAAUUCAUGAAUGGACAAAAUAAUUUAAGGAGGUCUGGUGAAGGCAAUGACACAGUCAGUCUUUCUCCACCCCUCCCCCUUGUUUCUUUCAGUCAAUGUGAUUUCCAAAACAAUAUAAAAAAUGGGAAAUCAAAUAUUGGCAUCUUUAAAUUGAGCAGUUACUGUGAAUAAACUGAAGCAAAAAUUACUAUUUACUACAUGUAUGGUAUUUAUUUGGGAAUUAUGGUAUCAUUUUUGGCCCAGCUACUGGCUAAAGAACAGCUAUAUUUAAUUUUCACUUAUAUGAGAAUUUAUACAGUAGUUGUUCCUAGUGUAUUUCAAAUCGGUUACAAAAUAUAAAUAUUAAAAUAAAUACAGUUCAGUUACAUAUUUUAUAAACCAUUUCAUUUCAUUUAGUACAAAUGAAUUAAACAUUUUAUAAAUACCAGACAGUAAUCUUAGUUUGUUUGAAAAAGGUUUACACAACGUUCAGUCUCACAGUGAUUUUUAAACAGCACCUGACAUCAGCAUUUAUUUAUUAUGACAGGUAUACAAGAUGUUUUUAUGUAUUUCCAUUAAUAAUGGAAGAGCGUUUGUAAUUUAUUUUGUACACACAUUACUAAGUGUUAUGCAUGUACUCAAGUUUUUUUGAUGUACUUCAUUUAUCAAUGUAAAAAAAAACUGUGAGUCCAGAUGUUCUCACUGCUAUCAAUAGCACAAUAGAGAGUGCAAGUGAGAGGCAGGCUUUCUUCCAAGUACAUCUGUAAAUACUUUUGCACUUUUCGUUACAGUAUCCAUGUUACAAAUAUAAUUAAUCACAGCAGGCAUAAUAUUAGAAUAUACGUUUUUUUUCAGAGGUCAAAUUUGUUGUUUAUAUAUAAUAAAAUACUAAUCAGCACUGUAACAUGAUACUCUAAUGUAAAGUGUGACCGUUUUCAUAAGAUUAAUGAAGAUCA